AUGAGGGUGCUGAACCUGGGGCCGGAUCCCUCUCUGGCGUAUCGGCCUGAUUGUCUUCAGAAAGAUAAAGAGGAGUUCAGGAACUUUGAGAGCGGAGAACUCUUUGACCGUGUGUUUAACACAUAUAAGCUGAUGCACACGCACCAAACGCUCGACUUUGUCAAAAAGAAGCAUCUGGAGUGGGCAAACUGCAAUCACUUCAGCAUGACCAUGAUGGACAGCAUCAAUUCACUGGAUGCGCUGGUUGAUGAAUCCGACCCCGAUGUCGACUUCCCAAACUCUUUCCACGCGUUCCAGACCGCUGAGGGGAUCCGCAGGGAGCAUCCUGAUAAGGAUUGGUUCCAGCUAGUCGGUCUGAUCCAUGACAUUGGGAAAAUCAUGGCCUUGUAUGGAGAGCCACAGUGGGCAGUCGUUGGAGACACGUUCCCGGUGGGAUGCAAGUUUCAGAAUUCAAUCGUGUUUAGAAACUCAACAUUUGAGGACAAUCCGGAUGAGAAGAACUUCGCUCUCAAAACAGAAUUUGGGAUUUAUAAAGCACAUUGUGGGCUGGAUAAUGUUCUGAUGUCUUGGGGACAUGAUGGUAAAUUAUUUCAAAGGUUGAUAUCCAAAACAUGUGAUUAUUUGUACCGGGCACUGAAGUUUAACAAAUGCACCAUCCCUGAAGAGGGCUUAACCAUGAUCCGUUUCCACUCCUUUUACCCGUGGCAUUCGAACGGAGACUACAUGCACCUGUGCAAUGAGAAAGAUCAGCAGAUGCUGCCCUGGGUGAAAGAGUUUAACAAGUUUGAUUUGUACACAAAGACCACCGAGCUGCCCGAUGCGGAGAAGCUAAAGCCCUAUUAUCAGUCACUCAUUGAUAAAUACUGUCCUGGAUUACUGCGCUGGUGAACAUCUCCCGUUCAAUCGCUUCAUUGCAUCUCCUGCGAUAAACACAUUUGAACAGACCGAGCCAUGUCAGCGAACGGGUCAACACAUUUCCAGCAAGAACAUGUGAGAGUUUUGAAACGGGGAAGCACCAGUUCCAAUUCUAAUAGAAAAUGUCAAAAUCUCAU